GAUCAGAGAAGGCCUGAGAGAGGCAAGGAAACAUAGAGUUGGUUUGAAUGGUGGAAGCGGCGGGGCCUCUCCGGAGAAGAGGCGGCACCAUGGAGGAGGUGCAGAUGGAGGAGGCAUUCAUCUUCUCUGAAACCAUCAAGGAUCUCAAGGCUCUGCGGCCGCAGCUGUAUUCCGCAGCAGAGUAUUUCGAGCUGGCCUACACACAGGAAGGCCGAAAGCAGGCGGUGAUGAGUAACCUCAAGGAAUACGCUGUGAAGGCCCUGGUCAACACUGUAGAUCACCUAGGGUCCGUAUCCUUCAAAGUCUCCAGCCUUGUCGAUCAAAGGUUCGACGAGGUGGCCGAAGCCAACCUGCGGGUCUCCUGCAUCCAGCAGAGAGCUCAGGCGAUCCACGCAUGCGUGAACAGAGAAGGCCUGACGCAGCAAUCCUUGUCGAUCGCCGCUCCAAAGUAUCACAAGAGGUACAUCUUACCAGGAGAUGGUUCAGUUCCCAAUGCCGUGCCGAACUUCAGCGAGAUGAAUAAGGUCAAGAGCAGGACCGCGCAGAUGCAUCAGGCCUUCCGUGCAGCAGCAUCUGCAGCUCAAACAAAAAACAAAGACAAGCAAGCUUCAUUCCGCAAGCUCCGGUCGAUUGCCCGUGCACCUUCUCAGAGCGCACGUUCAUCCUCUCCAGCACAGCAUCCGCGCUUCGUGCCGCCUUCUGAUACUGCAAUACCCACCAAAAGAGAUAAAAGAUCGGAUUCACCAAUUUAUUUGACAACUCCACUCACAAGGUCUGGGUCACUCUCAAAGAAGUCAUCCUUGCUCAAGACAUCAAGUGUCAGGGUCCAGAUGCAGACAACUUCAGAUCCCAAGAGAUUGGCACCGCUGCGGUCAUACACUGACAGGUACAAUGAUGAUUCCAUGGAAAGCGAGCAGACUCUGAAGAAGGGCAAGAAGUUCCUCAAGUCUCUGCUCAGUAGGCGCAAGUCUGGAAAAGAAGAACCACUGCAGGAUAGUGUUCCUUAGGCUGUAAAGGAUGAAAUUUUUCAUAGGAGUGUCCAUUACUAUCCUCAGUACUCUGUACUCAGUUAACUUUGUCCGAUUCCUCUUAAUAGUAAUUAUUCUUUAUGUUUUUUCACCAUUUGAAAGACGGUGCUUAAGGUGAGCCCUGGCACUGGAAAUGACUUGAAUUAUUAUUAUUUUGCUCGA